UUUUCUAUUCUUAUCUCCGACUAAGUUAUUUGAAUCCUCUCAGCCCUCUUAAUGACGUAAUGUUAUUAAAUUCGCAGUGACUCUUGUAGAUUAUUAUUUAGCUUGCCUUGUUUAAAGGCUGUUUGUUUAGUACUUACAAUUUGUUAUAUUCGCACCGAACAAAUAUGGCAUUGAAAGCUGUUGUUGGACAAAAGAUUAUGAAUGAGGUCAUUAAACAGAAGGGUGUUAAAAAAGGAGCUGACAAAGGUAUUGAGUGGCGUGUGAUGGUGGUAGACCAAUUGGCAAUGAGAAUGAUAUCCGCUUGUUGUAAGAUGCAUGAAAUAUCAGCUGAAGGAAUCACUAUUGUUGAAGAUUUGCAAAAAAAACGAGAGCCUUUGGCUACAUUGGAAGCUGUUUACUUGAUUACUCCUAGUGAAAAGUCAGUUGCUGCUCUUAUUAGAGAUUUCUCCAGUCCAGGAAAAUCUAUGUAUAAAGCUGCUCAUGUUUACUUCACUGAGGCGUGUCCCGAUGAGUUAUUCAACAAGUUAAGUUUGUCCCCAGCCGCAAAAUUUAUUAAAACUUUAGUGGAAGUUAACAUAGCCUUCAUAGCCUAUGAACAACAGGUGUUCUCUUUAGAUUCUCGUGAAACAUUUCAAUGUUAUUAUAAUCCAUUACUAGUGAGUAGUCGUGUCCCUAAUAUGGAACGUAUAGCAGAACAGAUUGCUACUGUUUGUGCCACAUUAGGAGAAUAUCCAUCUGUACGAUAUAGAAGUGACUUUGAACGUAAUGCUGAAUUGGCACAGAUUGUUCAGCAAAAAUUAGAUGCUUACAAAGCUGAUGAACCAACAAUGGGAGAAGGUCCCGAGAAAGCUCGUUCACAAUUAAUUAUACUUGACAGAGGAUUUGAUUGUGUAUCCCCUGUCUUACAUGAGCUCACCUUCCAAGCUAUGGCUUACGAUCUCCUGCCUAUAGAAAAUGAUGUUUAUAAGUAUGAAGCCACUGCAGGAGCUGCUCUUAAAGAAGUAUUGUUGGAUGAAAAUGAUGAACUUUGGGUGGAGUUAAGACAUCAACAUAUUGCUGUUGUGUCUACGAAUGUGACAAAGAAUUUAAAGAAAUUCAUUGACUCUAAGCGUAUGUCAGCUGUUGGCGAGAGUAAAUCUUCUAUGCGUGAUUUGUCGACAAUGAUUAAGAAAAUGCCUCAAUACCAAAAAGAGUUGAGCAAGUAUUCUACUCAUUUGCAUUUGGCAGAAGAUUGCAUGAAAUGCUAUCAAGGAAAUGUGGACAGACUUUGUAAAGUAGAACAAGACCUGGCUAUGGGUACAGAUGCUGAAGGCGAGAAGAUAAAAGACCAUAUGAGAUGCAUUGUACCUAUACUAUUGGAUCAAAAUACAUCUAGUAAUGAUAAGAUGAGGAUAAUUAUACUGUAUGUUUUGUCUAAAAAUGGAAUAUCUGAAGAGAAUCUUAACAAACUGGUACAACAUGCUCAAUUAUCACCAGCUGAUAAACAAGCUAUUGUAAAUUUGAACUUGCUGGGUAUAAAUACUAUUGUGGAUGGAAACAGAAAGAAGCAGUAUCAAAUACCACGUAAGGAGCGUAUUACUGAACAGACAUACCAAAUGUCUCGCUGGACCCCCGUGAUUAAAGAUUUGAUGGAAGACUGUAUUGAAGACAAGCUAGAUGCUAAACAUUUCCCUUUUCUAGCUGGUAGAGCUGCUUCAUCUGGAUAUCAUGCACCAACUAGUGCACGAUAUGGACAUUGGCAUAAAGAUAAGGGUCAACAGUUAAUAAAGAACGUGCCCAGAGUAAUUGUGUUUGUGAUUGGAGGAGUAAGUUUUUCUGAAAUCAGGUGUGCUUAUGAAGUCACCAAUAACUUCAAAAACUGGGAAGUUAUAAUAGGCUCAUCACAUGUUCUAACUCCAGAAGACUUCCUUAACAACUUGUCUGCCUUAAGUCAAUAAAUUUGUCCAAUUCUUCCGAACAUCACUCUGUUAUGUUUUUCCAAAGUAUUACUUAAUGUAGCCUUAUAAAUCGUGAUUUUUAAAUUUAGCCUAGAGUUAAAUACUAAUAAAAGAAAAAUCUAAUUCUUAUGAGUGUGUAAGAACUUGUCAGUAUUUUCAUUGUUUAAAAAUCUUUUUUUCCUAAACAUUUUUAAACUAGCUUUUUAAUGCAAUUAAUUCAGUUUUAUUAUCACCAUAACGUAUUAUAUCUAUUUCGUAGUAUAAGUUAUUAUUUGUUAUUUAUUUAAAUUAUUAAUUUAAAAUUUUAUUUGUUAAUAAGUUAGUCAUUUGAAUAACUUUCAUCAUUAUUGUUAUAAUUAUAUUUUACUUAUUAUAGUUUUAAAACAGUUUAAAAUAUACAUUGUGUAUGUUCUAGACAUAAUUAUUUCUUUUAACGGACAUUCCGCAUUUAUAUAAAUAUUAACUUAUUAUUAUUGAAUUUUAUCACAUUCUUAACCAUUAUAUUAUUAAUAUAGAUAAUAGAAUAAUUUAUGUAACUUGGAUUAUUCAAAAUAUUAAUAGAUUUAUUCCAUAUUAAUUUGAUUUAAUUUUGUUUUUACUAAUUUUACUUCCAGCUUUUACUAAAAAUAUUUUUAUUAUUAUCAAAACUUAUUUUUUUUAGUACCUACUUAUCGAGCUUUUAAAUGUGUAUACCACAUAUACAUACAUAGCCUCAAUAUUUUAAAGAAUUAUAGAUGUUUAUAAUGUAACCUUUUAUUAUUACAAUAUAUUAAUAUAUUAUUACAAUGGGUUCUCUUAUUUAUGCCACUAAUUAAUGGAAUUUGCAUAAAUGUUUUAGAAAUAUUAUCAUUUGGAUUCAAAAUAUUUUGUUCUUAAUAAUGUAAACUAUAUUUAUUUUAUUAUGUUAUUUCGUUAAUUAUAUUUAUCAAUCUACAUUCUACAUAUUUAAUCUAUAGUAUUUGUUUAUUGUUUAGGUUAAACAUUUUUUUUUUAUAUAUUAAAUAAUUAUUAAAUUUUAAUUAUAAAUGUUUAAAUUCUUUGGAAAAUUACUUUAAUUUUAAAUUUUAAACGAUUUCAGAUCUUGUACCAAGUAAGAAUGUAAUACUAUUUAGAAUGUAUGACGUACACAAUAUGUAUAUUUCUCAAGUCGUAGUUAAUAUCUUAAUAUUUUUUUAAAAUAUAAAAUAAUUACUUUAUUACUUUAUUCAACUUUAAAUAUAUGUAUUUAACUGGAUCUAACUACUUAUUGCCAUAACAAAAUUUGUUAAAAUUUAAAAGUACCUAUUUGAAUAGCAAAAUCUAUGAUAACAUAUGUACAAUUUAUAAUUUAAUAAUCAGGCCCAAUUUAAAUCUGUAUUUUAAUUUUAAUUUAUUUCUAUUUAAAAUAGUUUCAGAUGAUUUAUAAGUAGUUCAAUGUAGGCAAUUAAUGAUAUUUUAUGUGAUAUUAAAUAGUUUGUUUUUAUUGAAAUUUAAUAUGAAUUACCUAAUUAAAAUUACGAUAGUUAUUAAUAUAUUGACUAUAAAUGUCUUGUUAUUAAAUUCAUACUAUCUAUUUUAAUUAUAAAAUAUAUAUUUAAUAUUUUAGAAUCAAUAACUGUCAUUUUCCAUUUUAUAUACCAGGGGUCACCAAAUGACUUGGAUAAAUAUAAACAUUAAACAUAUUACAUUUUGAUGGCCCUAAAUGAUUGUUGAAUUCAAAACUUAACCUAAAGUGGCCUUCCAAAAACAUAUUGAUGAUUCCUGGUAUAUAUUUAGACGUACAAUGUUUCAACAAUUCCUAACUAGCUAUUUAAUUUGUUUACUCUUUAUGAUCCCUAAAUUUUGUUUUAAAAUAAAAAUAGAAUAAUUAAAAAAAUGUAAACUGUGUUCAA